CCCGAUUCUCCGCCCUCUUACGUACUCUCUAGAUAUCAACGUGCCUGUCCAACUUUAGAUAAUCCCACUCUUGUCUUGCAUCCAACCCUCCUCUUCCAUCGGGCUAUGCCUGCCGUCCGCUAGUCUUCGCGACGCCUUGGUGCCAUACUGUGAUGACCACAGCCCCAUGAUGCUGCAGGCUUUCAAAGGCCAGAGCCCCCACUCCAGCCCCGAGCCGCUGUGUCCCUCACGACGAGUAUCGAUCCUUCCGAUGUCUCUUGACCAGGCUAAACGGAACGACCCGGUGAGCGACGCACCAUUUGACUCUGGAGGAAUGUCCUAGUCCCUUCCAUGUCAACAUGACCUCCGCUAAGCUGUAAAAGCUAUGCUCAGAGAGCACUACCCCUCGUCACUCGGCAACCGCAUGUCUGCACUUCAAGUAUAGCCCUUGUUCCCAACCUCCACCUUCCAGGUCUGGCAGUAUGCCUUUCUUUCGAGAUCGUGGCCAAUGUUGACGCCUUGACAACUCCUGUAUGGGACUGUCUCAACGCAACACCUAUGGUCGACAACCCAACAAUGCAACGGGGUACAGCCCAUUCAAUCUAGCUCUGGUGAGAUCCAAUUUUAGAGUGGCCUCUGUGAGCCCAGCUUCGACAUAUAAAUACAGGCUUCCUGAUGAUGGACUUUUCCUCAAGCAAUUGACUUGCUCAGCAACGACAACUCCUCUUCUUCUUCGUCUCUUCACUUCUUGUGCUGGUCACACCGUUUCACAACUCUAUCACUUGUUCAUUCCUUCUACACUACCUUCUUCAACUCCCUUAUACUUUCCAAAAAUGACCAAGAUCACCCAGCUCCUUGCUUGUGCUCCCCUCCUCCCCGCCUUGGUUCAAGGUCUUGCCAUCCCCGAGGGUCAGGCUGGUCUCAAGCGUGCCAACGAUAAAGUGGAAUACGUCCGCAACUUCAACGCAGGUGUCGAAGUUGCCCACAAGCGUGACAUUUUGGCUCGUCACAAGAACAAGGACAAGACUGCCACGGACACUGCUGCAUCUGCCACGGACACUGCUGCAGCUGCCGUCGACACCGCCGCGGCGGCGAGCGCCAACACCACCGAUGUGGCAGCAGUCGCAAGCACUAACUCGACUUCUACAGACGUGGCUGGUAACGCCGCGGCCGCCUCUGCAAGUGUUGGCACGGAAGCUGGCCUUUCAGCGGCGACAGCGUCGGCCAAGAAUGCACAAGCUCAGGCUACCACUGCCACUGGGGCUGCCGCCGAUAGCGACACUUCUACCACAGGGGACGCCGCCAACGACAAGGCCGCCAAGAAAGCUGCCAAGGCCGCUGCCCAAGCCGCUGCUCAGGAGUCCACUGCUGCAGGAGACGGUGCAGCUGCUGCUGCCGCCGGUACGGAUUCUGCUGCUGCUGCUGCGGCUACCGACUCCUCUGCCGCUGCUGGGACUGACGCUAGCGGGGCAACUUCCACUGCCUCUUCCGGCGGGGAUCUCCUCAGCCAGCUCACUGCCCUUCUCCAGGGUGGUGACGAUGAGGCUGGCGGUGCGGCCGGAGGGGCUGGUGCCGCCGUGGGAGAUGUUGCCAACGAUGUCGAGGGUUUGCUGGGAUCUCUCUAAAUGUAGGAGAACGCGCGCUCAUUCAUCAAAGCAGACUGAUCGUUCUGCCUAGAAUCCGACUUCCCUGUAGUCUAUAGAAGCCAUCAACAGUAUCGAGUUGGUAAACGUUGCGUAGAAGUGUAAGAUGUACUAUACUAUAAACUUUCUAUUGGCGCUCUAUUCACAAUAUUG